GUGUAGCGCGCGCGCGACACGAGCUCCCGUCAUAAUGCCCGUGUUACUGUUGCUCGUGCUGGCAUGUGCUACAGGAACGUUUGCGCGGCCAUUCAACAUCACCCACCUCAUAGUUCCAGAAGUAGUUCCACCAAAUCAAGAUGAAGUUGAAAUCGAGUGUCGCUACGAUGCCAACUUCACCCUUCUCAACUGGUUCAAAGGACCCAACGAGUUCUUCAGAUACCGGCCUGGCACUGCACCCAGCACCCGUUCCUUCCCGAUUCUUGGUGUUGGGAAAGUGGAAAUGCUGGCUUGUGGUCCCACUGCCUGUCGCCUCAAACUUGGAUCGCUGACUGAAGACGCCACAGGACUAUAUAGAUGUGACAUUGAAAGAGACGUGCCACCUUACAAGUUCGAAGCUCGUUCAGCCUAUAUGCAGGUGCAUGGACAUCAGGCCAGGCGACCGCUGCUUGAAGGAUUAGCAGAGGAAUUUGAAGACGAAGAAGAGAUGCAAGCAUAUUGUCGUGGUGCACCAGACUCUGAAUUACGGUGGUACAUAAAUGGACGCGAAGUGGAAGAGAUGAGAGGAUCACCUUCAUUGAAAAGAAAAGCAUCAAGAUGGAUCUUUUUAGGCAUCCCUCCUGUAGUGACAGUGCAAUGUGCUGAAUUUCGCUAUGGAAAACUCUCAGGAUCUAAAGAAGCAAAGGCUCGCUGGAAAAAUCAUAAUCACAAGGAUGAACGAGCACAGGAACAAAAAAAUUCGUCAAAUAUUACGGAUGAACAUUUGACCAUAAUCUGUAUUUUAUAUUGUGUUAGUAAGAUAUUCAACUAAUAUCUCAAAAUGCUAAUUAUAAAAAUGGAUAUACCAAAGUUCCUCAUAAUUUAUAAUAACUUGGCUUUAAGAAUUUUACAUAUUACAAAAAAUAUAUUAGUAUUUUAAAGUUAUGUUAAUUAAACGCAGGCAUAAAUACCUACAACUGGAACAAGCCGAAAGUUUAAUAUUUGCCUCAAAGGGCUACAAUACUAUUUGUAUCACUUAGGACACCAAUUUCUCAUAUUAAUUAUUUAUUAUAUAUUAUCUUAAAACCAUUAAAAAAACUUUCUCUGUUAUUAA